UGUCGCAAGUAAAGGAUCUCAACUGUAUACUCUCUAUUUUCAUUUUCUCUACGAGCGAACUGUUCUCUACGAACCAAAGAGCGAUUCGUUAACGGAGGCCGGAGUUAUCACAAUCGGAAUCUGUGACGGUGACAGAGAGACGGUAUGGUGGUGGAGCUGUUUUGUUUCAUCGCUGUUAUUGUAGUACUUAAGUACUUCUUCUACGAUGACGAUGUAAUCGAUGUUGGAUCCUCCGAUUUCAAUGCUCUAUUUACUGUUGCCGAAAGGCUUGAGAAGCUUUAUGGUGGUAAGGCUCAUGUAGGACUUCAAAUUCCUGACCAGGACUCUGGUUCUCGACAGAGUGUUGAUUUAGUUCUCGUCACUAGAAGGGAAGCAGUGAUAGUUUGUGUAAAGAAUGUGGCAGGGUUUGUAUCUGUUGAUAAGGACGGGAGAUGGGUUUGUACUGGAAGCCAUAAGACGGAGCGUCUCCCCAAUCCUGUAGCAGAAGCAAAACAAUUAGUUCCUAUUCUUGAAUCCUACCUUGAACAAAGGGGUGUCAUUCUUCCGGAAGGAUAUUUGUCUUGCAAAGUCAUAUGUUCAAACCCGAAUUUCCGUACCAUUGACUCGGACUCUUUUCCGUCUGAGGUCAUAACAUAUGACCAAUGGAUACAACUAAGACCUGAAUCAAACAUGCUUUCUGGUUGGAUUAAAGGUGCAUUUCAUGGUGGGAAGAAGGACGUGCAGGAGUCGAUACGUGAAAAGCUUAAUCUUGUACUCAGCACAGCUCCAAUGUGGGACAGGUUGGAGCUUAAAGGUAAUAAAUAUGUUCUUGGAGAGUUUCUCGAGUUCAAAGGGGACAAUGAAGAUAUUCGGGCAUUGGGAAACAUCAGGAGAUCAAAAGUUAGUACAGUGACAAUCCAGAAAACAAGCAUGUUUGGUGUAGCUCAUUCCAAACUCCAAGUACUCUACUGUCUUCGAGAUUAUCGUGGUGAAGGGGCUUCAGCUUCAGACUGGAAAGAAGUCACUGUCCAUUCCAGGACUGAGAUCAAAAUUCAACCAAAAGGUUCAACUAAAGUACGCAAAUACAAGUUAUCUUCAGUUAUUUCCAUGUCAUUAAGUGCCUGACAUGUCCGUGCGAAGUCUCCUAUGGGCAUUGAUCAUUGUGAUGGAGUGUUUUAAUAAAAAUGUUUUGAUUCUGAACCUCGUUCUUCCUUCAGAAGUUCUAAGUUGAUGUAUGUAACUAUUUGUUGUGUAUAUCCUAUCUGGUGUAGCAAUUCUGGGUCAAAUGUAAUGGAGAAAGCGCUCCCUUAUUAGUGAGUAGUAAACAUAGGAGAACGGUAUAAUGUAACAAAAUUCUGGUACGAUAGAGAGCAAAUUGCUGGUAAUGUUUUAAAGGGUUGUUCUGUUAAGGAACAAGUUAUUUGGCUUUAUAAUACGAAUUAAAGAAUGAUUGGAUUAUUUUUUAUUA